UCCCGGUCAGGCGCCCUACGGGCACCUAAGCCCGCUCCGUGUGUGACGUGUAGGACCUCCUCCUCCGACACACAGCAGCAGUAAUGGCGGACUACGACAGCUAUGAUGAGCGGGACCGGGCCUACGGUAGCUUCGGCGGCGGUAGAGGGCCCCGUGGUGGUGGUGGCCCCGGAGGCCCCAGGAAGCAGAAGGAGCUGCCGUCAGAGCCUCCAUUCACGGCAUACGUAGGAAACCUGCCAUUCAACACGGUGCAGGGAGACAUCGACAUCAUCUUCAAAGAGCUCAACAUCCGCAGCGUCCGAUUGGUCAGAGACAAAGAGACAGACAAGUUCAAAGGUUUUUGUUAUGUUGAGUUUGAAGACUUGGAAUCUCUAAAAGAAGCUUUGACGUAUGACGGUGCUUUGUUAGGUGAAAGGUCACUGAGGGUCGACAUCGCAGAGGGACGAAGGCAAGAACGAGGAGGAGGCGGCUUUGGCUUCAGGAAAGACGACGCUAGAGGACGAGGAGGUUCUCGAGGAGCUCCCAGAGGAGGAGGAGCAGGAGGAGGAGGACGUGACUCCCGUGAGGACUUCUACGACCAGCCAGGAGGAGGUUUUAGAGAUGAUGACUACAUGGGGGGGCGGAGUCGAGGCGGCGGCAGUCGCCCUGGCGACAGAAGGGGUGCAGCAGGAGGAGGAGGAGGAGGAGGAGGAGGAGCAGGAAUGGGUCGCUUCAGAGAUGGACCCCCCCGGGGAGGAACAACAGACUUCAGGGAACCGUCUGAAGAGGAGCGUGCACAGCGGCCUCGGCUGCAGCUGAAGCCCCGAACCGUCUCUGAGCCGCUCAACCAGGUCGCCAACCCAAACUCUGCUAUCUUCGGCGGAGCCAAGCCGCGAGAGGAGCACUGACUCAUUUAAACCACCUCCUGACAUUCUCCUGACCAGACGGUGGCGCUCACACGACGUGUCACCAACAGAAAAGAAGAAAUUUAAAGGUUUUUGUGCUCUUGUUACUUCAGUGUGGAUCAUGUGGAAGUCGACUGCCACCAAGAAAAUUUUGUAAAAUUGAUGAAAAGUUUUGAAUGAGCCUGCAAAGUCAAAAUUAUUAAUUAUUGUACAAUGAAGUCAUAAUUUUGGUUUGUAGUUAACUGUAGUCCUUCAUCUUUAAUCUGUAGGAAAACUGAACUCACUGUGGACCACAAACCUGGUCCAGCUGAAUGUUCUCAGGUCUCUGUGUGUCAGUGUGGAUCAGGUCUGGGUCUGUAGUGGAUCAGCUGAGCAGGAUUUAAACCUUAAGUGUUUUCAGUCUGCGUCGCUUUGAGAACAUUUGUGUCGCUGAUAAAGUUUUCUUUGUUUUCCAGGACAUUAAAUGGAAGAACUUUUUCUUACUGUACUAUAGAAUAAAGAACAGCUGUUUUAACUUUUUCUUUUCCAACACUGUUUAUGGCAAUAAAACUGUAUCAUCUACAUACAUCCACCAGAAUGUGUUUAAUUUCAGGGUGGGGGUAAGGGGGCGUCGAUUUCUCGUUUUGGUUUUUAUCUUUUCCUCCAAAUGAAAGAACAAUAAAGAAUAAAGCUCGUUCUAUUCUG